GAAAAAAAAACCCUACCCCCAAAAAUGGAAGAAAUCCAAGUGGAAUACGAGGAUCGCCGCGACCCGGUGGAUCUGUUCAUGACCUUAGAUAGCUGGCCGAUUUCUCCUCUCAACGACGACGUCGCCUCGCAGUCUCAGGCCGACACAUUUCUUGUCGGUUUCGUGAUCGUCAACGUCGUCGGCCUCCGGUAUUACCACGGAACAAUCAGCGGCCGCGAAAUCGUCGGCCUGGUUCGCGAUGAGCUGAAUCCGCACGAUGAGAACGCGAUUAAGGUUCUCAAUAUGUUGUCGGUGCAGGUUGGCUUCAUCGAGCGAGCUGCCGCUGCUGUGCUGUCGCCUCUCAUUGAUAGCCGCUCGAUUUCCGUUGAAGGAAUCGUGCCAAAACCACCAGGAAAGGGGAGCAGAUUCAAGAUUCCCUGUCAAAUUCACAUUUUUGCAAGGAUAGAGGAUUUUGGGAGAGUAAAGAUGGCAAUAUCUAGAGGCGGACUGCAGUUAAUAUCAGAAGGCAAUGCAUCCUUUACAUUGUCUGAGGCAGUGGCUGUGAAAGAGACAAAGAGUAUUUUAGAGGAGAAGAGUGUAGAUGAGAUAUUCAAACUGUUGGAUUUGAAAGUCAGUAAAGAAGGGUUGUCGGAACCAUUGGAUCCGCCAAAAGAUAUGAUAAAAUCUGAGCUCUUUUUUCAUCAGAAGGAAGGACUGGGAUGGUUAGUGAGUAGGGAGACUUCAUGCGAAUUGCCUCCUUUUUGGCAAGAGAAAGAUGGUGUAUACGUGAAUGAAUUGACUAAUUACCAGACUGUGACAAGACCAGAGCCCUUGCGAGGAGGCAUUUUUGCUGAUGACAUGGGUUUGGGUAAAACACUUACACUCCUCUCAUUGAUUGCUUUUGAUAAGUCGGCUCUUGCUGUAGAUUCAUCUAGCAGUAGAGGCGGUAUAGCUGAUGCAGAUGAUGAGGAAUCAGGUGAAAAGUCAAAGAGGGGAAGGGGGAGGAAGAAGUCUGAUACUUUGGGGAAAAAGAGGAAAGCUGAAGAUCUUGUUCCAAAAAGAAAGGGGAAAAGUCCUGCUUUCGAUAAUUGCUCUUCUUUGGAGGCAAAGAGUACACUUAUAGUUUGUCCGCCUUCUGUCUUUUCAUCAUGGAUGACACAGUUAGAAGAACACACUAUAAAGGGGACCUUUAAGGUGUACAUGUACUACGGCGAAAGGACUAAAGAUGCUAAAGAGCUUAAGAAAUAUGAUAUUGUACUGACAACAUAUUCUACACUGGCCAGCGAGGAAUCACAGGACGAGUCUCCUAUUAAAAAGAUUGAGUGGAGACGAGUUAUAUUAGAUGAGGCACAUGUGAUAAAAAAUGCAAACACUCAACAGAGCCGUGCAGUCACUAAUCUUAAUGCAAAACGUAGAUGGGCUAUUACUGGGACACCUGUGCAAAAUAACUCUUAUGAUUUGUUUUCGUUAGUAGCCUUUUUGAAGUUUGAACCCCUUUCAAUGAAAAGCCUCUGGAAUAGUUUAAUACAACGACCACUUGCUCGAGGAGAUGAGAAGGGUAUCUCCCGGCUUCAGGUUCUUAUGGCUACUAUAUCUUUGAGGCGAACGAAAGAGAAAGGUUUGGUUGGUCUUCCAUCUAAAAGCAUAGAGAUCCAUUUUGUGAACCUUCGUGAAGAAGAGCGCAGGGUUUAUGAUCAGAUGGAAGAAGAGGCAAAAAAGAUUGUUAAAGACUAUAUCUCUAAUGAAAGUGUAGUAAGAAACUACUCAACUGUUCUUAGCAUUAUUGUAAGGCUUCGUCAAAUUUGCACAGAUCUGGCCCUGUGCCCAGCAGAUCUUAGAGCUCUACUCCCACAAAGCCAAAUUGAAGAUGUGACGAACAAUCCAAAAUUGCUGCAAAAGUUGCUUUCUGUGUUGCAAGACGGAGAGGACUUCGACUGUCCAAUCUGCAUCUCUCAACCCAUGGACAUUAUAAUAACAUGCUGUGCUCACAUUUUCUGCGAGCCAUGCAUCCUAAAAACAAUAAAACGAAGCAAACCCUGCUGUCCAAUGUGCCGUCACCCACUCUCAGAAUCCGACCUUUUCAAAGCCCCUCCAGAGUCUCAGACAACUUCCACUGAAGGUCCAUCAUCAAGCCCCUCAUCCAAAGUUGCUGCACUUUUGAAACUCCUAACAGUGUCUAGAGACGCUAGUCCUUCUUCCAAGUCAAUCGUCUUCUCUCAGUUCCGGAAAAUGUUGCUUCUGCUAGAAGAGCCCCUGAAGCAAGCCGGUUUCAAAGUGAUCCGCUUAGAUGGAUCGAUGAAUGCAAAGAAGAGAUCACAGGUGAUCAAAGACUUUGGAGUCCCAGCACCUGAAGGCCCCACAAUCAUGCUGGCUAGUUUGAAAGCUUCAAAUGCAGGGAUCAAUCUCACUGCUGCUUCAACCGUGUAUCUGCUGGAACCAUGGUGGAAUCCUGCUAUUGAGGAACAAGCCAUGGACAGGGUGCAUCGCAUUGGGCAGAAGGACGAUGUGAAAGUCGUGAGACUGAUUGCUCAGGACACCAUAGAUGAGAGGAUCUUGCAGCUGCAGGAGAAGAAGAGAAUGCUGGCUAAGAAAGCUUUUGGACGUCGGAGCCAGAAAGAUCAGAGGGAGAUAAAUAGAGGUGAUCUCACGGCCUUGAUGAACUUGUAAGGCGUGAUUUUCUUUCCUUUUGCCAUUUUGAUGAGAUUUUGUUUAGUGGCUGAAAAUGUAUAUAUAUGUGCAUAUAUGUUGCUUAAUCGCCUGGAAAUUCUAACUUAUUUUUGUGAAUGUGAAAUGUAUCGGCAUCACUGACAA